UGAAUGUCAACCACAAUUAAAAGGAGGAAGAAGAAAUCAGCAGCUGUUAGCUAGCAGGUUGAGCUAUAUUUACUCUUUGUCCCUGAACGAUAGAAACUAUUUUUUACGCUCUUUCAUCAGAACAUCGACCUACGUAUUUUAUCGAAACACUAAUGGUGUGUAUUCGGACUGUUACAUUUCUCUCCGCACUGAGUGGCUAACCACAGAAGAAGGAAGCCAUGAACUUCCAGGGCAGUCGGAGGCGAGGAGAGGAUGGCAUCGCCGUCGUGAUUGACUUCCUGCUGUCUAACGCCCGGCUGGUUCUGGGAGUCGGUGGAGCUGCCAUGCUGGGAAUCGCUACACUGGCUGUGAAGCGGCUGAUAGAGCGUGCGGGCCGUGCAGCCGAUGAUGAAAAGGUGGAGCAGAAGAUGGCAGAGAGCUGGGAGGAGUUGAGUUUGGUCUCUGCGUCUCCCACAAUGCUCAGGAAGGGCAUCGAGGGUGUGGUGAUGAAACAUGUUGCCAAAGCAGCCAGACAGCAGAAAGCUGACCUGUCCCAGCAGCCUAAGAUGUCCCCUCUGGAGCCUAAACCUGAGUCACAGUCUAAGCGGCUCCAGCUGUGCGUCCUCACUUUGCAGGAGCGACUGCAGCAGUACUAUCACACAAGGGCAGCACUAGCGCCACCUGAGGUCCAGAGGGCUCAAUCUCUAGCUCUGGACAUCUGCACUGAGAUCCAGGGCUUUCUGCACAGCCGCCUUCCUGACAUGCCCCUGGGAGAAAUGAGCCUUGGAGGUUCUCUACUGGACGACCUGCAGGUGGUCAGUGCGGACCAUGCAUGUCUGCUGGUGCCUUUACAGCUGGAGGCCUCUCUGUGGCGUCUCAUCCCGGGAGAGGAAACGCUGUUCACACACCCGCUGCACUGGAUGGUCCGACGGGUCAAUCUGGAAUAUUUUCCCAGAGGACGCAGCUACUGGGACAGGUACCUGGUGGGUGGUUACCUGUCUGCAGAAGCUGUUGUCAAUAUGUUCAGUAAAGCUGUGAUGGAAACUAUAAACUGGCCGUCCAUCAGCAGCACCCUGGACUGUCUCGUCAGACCUGUACUGGGAGGCCCAGACCUGAGACUGGAGAUUCGGCCUGAAAAUGACAGAGGGGCAGCAAGCAGCAAUCAGUCCCUGUUCAUCAGCAUGCUUCCUCUGCUGAGGGAGCAGGACGUGGUUCUGACGGCCCAGCCGGAGCUCACCUCUCCCUGGGUCAACGCCUGGCACAUGUCUCUCUACCCGUGGGAGACUCAGCGCCUGACUCAGCUCGACACCGCUGACGACGGAUACCGCAGACACACACUUAAAAUCCUCAAGGCGGUGUGCAGACUGAACCCCGCCCUGCGGUCGCUGGAAGCCGCCCCGCUGGCUAAUCUCAUCCUGCACCUCAGUGACAGUGAGAGCAACUGGUCCGAGAUCACCCUGGAUGUGCGAUUCCAGCAGUGCAUCACGGAACUGAUUGGCUACCUCGAACAAGGGGCUUUGCACAGUUACUUCAAGCCAGCUGUCAAUCUGCUGAGUGGCUUGUCGGAGGACCAGGUGGACCAGAUGGGCUUCAUGCUCUACUGUGCCGUGUCAGAGCCUGAAAUUCUGCUCAUAUAACAGCCUGCACACACAUCUCUCAAGCUCUGACACACAUGCACAGAUCAUAGAAGUAAUCUUAUCAUCUAAACCGUUUGGUUCAUGACAAAGACGUUGUAUUCUUCUGCUAGUUUAGUAGUUAAGCUCCUCCGUCCUGCUUUGGCGCAAGGGAACAGGGUACAGUUAAGAUGACAAUAAUGGCAGGCACCAUGGACUGAUGUCUACACUGGAGGAGGAGAAGCUACAGCGAGGCUGCAGAUGUCAAAGUGAUAAUCAUGCUAAUCAAACCACUCCGAGGAACGGAGACGUGCCAAGAAAAGGAGUAUCAAGUAAUUUGAAAUGAUGCAUCAGGAUGUGCCUGAUUAAAAACAACACAGCCAAGUCUGCAUUUCAGUUUGUGUGAUGAUUAUUUUUCACAGGGAGUCCAUGAGGGUCAACAUGGCCACAUACAGUUCAGCAUAUCCAUUAACAACAAGGGAGGAGUUCAGCUUAUUGCUGAAGUGCAUUCUUACUUUCUUGCCUCUAAUUGAUAGUCUGCAUUAUUUUCCUAAAUCUCCUUUAAUAUAUGCUAACUAUGCAGAAAUUAAUAACCUGCUGAAUACCAACAGGCUUUGAUGCACUUAUUAAACCAUUCAGUCUGUCUGAGUUGGAUUUAUUGUGUAUAUUUUAUCACACUGGUGGUUGAAGUGUGCAGUAUUAUGUUUAUUAUGUCUUGUUUAGUGUUCAGUCUGGUGCCAAGCUUAUUUGGGUAAACUAACCCUUUAAAUUAUGAUUAAAGUUGCCUAAUAAUUUUAUGCAGUUGCUUUUAAAUACCGUAUGAAUGUUGUGGCCACUUUUUCAGUUGUGUGGAUUUUCUGUGAUUGAACAGUGAAAACUGCAAAUAAAAAUUAAAGUUUAGAUUCU